GUGAAGCCGAGCGCGCAGGGAAACCGUCGCCGGCUCUGCAAUAAAGGCCUUUGGCACGGAUGGUCUGCGUCUGAAAAACGCUGCUCACGGCCGCUCACACCGGCCAGCCCGCCCUCGCUCUGAGCUCCAACAGUUGGUCUAUCAGACUCGGCGCAGCCAACGGGUUCUGCCCAGCUGGUUGGACGCGGCCGUAAGAGGAGAUGGUUGUGCCGUGAAGAUGCUCCAUUAUUUCCACGGGCCUGCGCGCCGCGAUCUCAGCAACCGCCUUUCAAGAUCUCUUGGCCACAUUGGCCCAGCUUCGUCGUCUUGCGCAGGCCAAUCAAUCUCUUCGCGGGCCAGCGGGCAAUCAUGCGCCGCCUGAACGACGACAUGGCCUGCAUGACAUGCUUGACCAGCCCUGCCAACGCCCGUGUCCGGAGCGCGUCAAGACCUUCUUCUGACCAGCCACGGCUAAACCGGUGGCCCUUCUACAGUAAAUCAUCCGUUGCAUGUUUUGAUGUGAAUGCUGCGCCCGCAAGCCCUUCGACAGCCCUUCCGGAUCUCGUUAUCGAUAGCGGCUUGCCCACCAUUCCUACUCACUGCAUCGCAAGCCCGAGUCGCGUUCGCGCAACGCCAACACAGUCUUCUCAGCGUACGCAAUUGCCACAUGUCCACCAUGCUCUCUUCGACAACCGGCGUCGAGCCUCUCCCCAAGCGGCCAAAGACAGACUCUGAAUCCCCCCUCAUAGGCACUCACAAUGGCCACUUCCACGCCGACGAGGCGUUGGCCGUCUUCAUGCUCCGCCUCCUACCCCAGUACGCUGCGUCACCUCUUGUGCGCACGCGCGACCCAGCCGUCCUGGCCCAGUGCCACACCGUGGUCGACGUCGGCGGCGAGUACGACCACGCCGCGCGCAGGUACGAUCACCACCAGCGCGGCUUCGAGGAGGUCUUCUCCCCCGAGCACGCAACCAAGCUGAGCUCCGCGGGGCUGGUCUACAAGCACUUCGGCAAGGACAUUAUCGCACAGCACACGAAGCUCGACCCUUCGUCCGAGGACGCGUCGCUGCUGUACACCAAAAUCUACGACGACCUGAUCGAGGCGUUCGACGCAAACGACAACGGUAUCUCCGCCUACGACACAGGGCUGCUGGCCAAGGCGGGCAUCCCCAAGCGCUUCGAGGACCGCGGCUUCUCCCUCGCCGCCGUCGUCAACAGGUACAACCACGCGUUCGAGCAGCCCGCCGAAGGCGACUCCAAGGAGGAGAUCCAGCGCAAGGAGGACGCGCGAUUUCAGCAGGCGUCCGCUUUCGUGGGCCAGCAGUUCGUCAUGGAGCUGGACGACAAGUUCCGCUCCUGGCUGCCCGCCCGCGCCGUCGUCAAGCAGGCCUUUGCGGAGCGCACCAAGUGGGACGAGCAAGGCCGCAUCAUGGUGCUGCCCCACAGAAAGGAGGGCCUGCCCUGGGCGGACCACCUGUACAAUCUGGAGCGCGAGGAGGGCAAGGGCAAGGACGCGGCCGUGCUGUACGUGCUGUUCCCGGAGGGCGGGGAAGAAGACGCAAAGUGGCGGAUUCGCGCCGUCAGCGUGGAGGGCGGCGGGUUCGACAACAGGAAAGACUUGCCCAACGCCUGGAAGGGCUUGCGUGACGACGAGCUGAGCAAGGUGUCUGGCAUCGACGGCUGCGUGUUUGUCCACGCAAGCGGCUUCAUCGGCGGGAACAAAACGUUCGACGGUGCCCUGGCCAUGGCAAGGCAAGCAGUGCUAACGUGAUCUCCUCCUCCUCCUCCUCCUCCUCCUCCUCCUC